UUGUCCGAAGUUCUUGGUUUGUCACAGAGGAAAUUAAAAUGAUAAAAUUAAAAUCAUAGAUUAUAGUAAAAUAUAAUUGAAAUUGUGUGACCAUGUAAUAUGAGACGCUGUAAUAAUUAAUUUAAUUUGAAACCACUUUGGGGUUUCAAAGCAAAGCAUAGCGCUUCAACUACUUAACUCCUUCAAGCAGGUGUAAACAAACGAAAAUGAGUCAUUAUUGUUUUUAAUUCUAUUCAGUACGAUUUCAACGUUGAGGCGUGAUCGUGGCGUACACACUGAUGUGAUGUUUUUAAACUGAUUCCAAAGAUAAUAAUAAAAAAUAAAGCUACUUUGCAGACUGCAAAAUGGCAUUUCCAAACCAACUGCCACCGCCGCCCGCGCAGACGAUGGGCUCGUCCAACACAGUCUUCAUUACGGAGACACGACUUGACCUGUCCUAUCUGACCACUCCCUCUGGUAUCAUCAAAGCUGUAGUGAUUGCAUUCAACAUAAUCAGUUUCAUCUGCAUUGUCUCCUCCGCGUUCAGUUCUAACGGUCGUGGUGUCUACUUCUGCAUAGUGGUGUUCUGUGCGUUCCUGUUCACGGGCACCAUGCUGAUUCUCUACUUGUACCACGCGGUAGAGAAGUACCACAACAUCAAGUGGCUGAAGAUUGAGAUGAUCACGUACAUAGUGUUCGUGUUCCUGUACCUUAUAGCUGCAACGGUGGCCGUUGCUUUUGGAUCAGCGGCUUAUUCAGCAGCUGGGUUCUUCGCGUACCUAACGAUGGUGCUAUACGGAAUAGACGCUUUCUUGAAAGCGCGUGCGCUUCGCGACGGCCAGCUGGCUCAGGGGCACCGGACUGUCUCCAAACAGGUCCACAUGGUCACUCCGCCGGCGAUGCCUUAGCAUCGAUAGUGGAAAAAAGUCUGAAGAUAUUUUUUAACGUAAGCCAAAGUGUGAACCUUUAUAAGUUCACGGACUUAUUAUACAUAGUUGUAUAUAAAAUAGUCGAGAAUUAAGAAGCUCGGUUUAAUUUUUAAAAAUUAAAAAGGGCUUAGCUUUUAUUGUAAGUAUGCGUACCUAAUCACUUGUGUUAACGUUUAAUUUCGAAGGCAAUACCAAGAUGUUGCUCAAAUUUAGUAUCUAAUUGUUUGUUUUAUGCCAAAAUCUAGGAAGACAAUGAUUGAAAUAAUAAUGUUACAAUUAAAAAAAAUUGGUAUGAAAAGGCCCUUAACAAAACUGCAAUUUGAGGGAUUAAGGUUAAAUAUUGGAUUUAAAAAGUUGAGUGGUAUCAACUGCGCAUACGUCUAUUGUGUAUAAUAUAAAUAUGUUAGACGAAUUACCUAGACGAACGUAUCUUGAUCAAAUUAAGGACGUCCUGGCAAAGGGUUAGGUCAAGAGUACCCGAAACCGCCGAGCUUGCAUGAAGAGAGUUAUGAAUUUGGAUGAAGCGAAGGAAGUAUGCGCAGAGAUCGGUGGCAAGUGGAAAGAUGUGGUCUCUGCCUACCCCUCCGGGAAAGAGGCGUGAUUUUAUGUAUGUAUGUAUGUAAAAAUACGUUAGUUAUAUUGUAGACAAAUUUGUAUAUCGAGCACGGCAGCUUGGAAGAACCUCAAAUCUCAAGUUACUCUAUAUGCUUGUCCAGAUAUCAAAACCUUAUCGCGUUCCAAUAUUGGAUAACGCCAUCUAUGAUUAUAAAAGUGAACUAAAGUUUAACAUUUGUUUAAACCAAAAUUGAAUAUACAUAUAUAACUUACAUAUUUAUAUGAAUGUUACAAAUGAAAUAUAUUUGUAAUACAUGUAUAUUGCAUAAAAUUCUUGUAUAUUACAAACGUUGGUGCGACCUCGUGACAAAGUCAUUAGACGUAUAAAGGCAUUGUAUAUGUAUAUAUUUCUCAAACAUUUACAUAGAACUGUUGAUGACAUAAGACUGUUCCUAAGGCUUCGUAAAAAUUCGUUUCGAUUUGUGUUUAAUAAUAGUAAUUUUUUAAUGAUGCAAUCUACAUAUUAUGUGAGUUGCUGGUACAUUUGAAGCGGUAAUUUUAGUACAUCGAGAAAUGUAGAUAUAUAUUUUUUUUAGGUUAGGAUCAAUAAGGAAAAUAUACUUCUUCCUCCUAGCGCUAGUCCCGGUCACAUCAUCACAUUUGGCUUAAUGAUAGAAUUAAAAUUCAAAUAGUGUCAGGUUGCUAGCCCAUCGCCUAAGAAAGAAUCCAAGAUUGUAAGCCUACCCCUUAGUCGCCUUUUACGACAUCCAUGGGAAAUAGAUGGAGUGGUCCUAUUCUUUUUUGUACUGGUGCCGGGAACCACACGGCACCAGUAGAUACAAUAAAGAUAAUAUCAUAUUGUGCAUGUAUGCUAUAUGCUUCAUGUUAAACUCAAGGUUGUCGCCGAUAGGAAUUUAGGCCGACGUGAUUUGUUUAUCUGUGGUUUGUGGUAGCGUAGUGCAUACUAUUGUUUUAUUCAUUAACUAGAGGCCGCCCGCGAGUUCGUCCGCGUGGAAUCAACCACGCGGGAACUCCGGGAUAAAAAGUAUAUGCCUAUAUGUUUUUCUGGGUCUUCAGCUACCUAAAUACCAAAUUUCGUCGUAAUCGGUUCAGUAUAGCUCAGCUGUUGGGCUUGAUGAGAGAAUUGAAUUGAAUAAUCAUUGAAUAUUUCUAAUAAUUAUUAUAAUAUAUGUAUAUAUAUUGUUGUGGUGCUUGAAUAUGUUUUUUAUGUCUGACAAUAACCUGCUGUCCUUUAGAAGAUAUUUUGAAAAAGAUAUACAUAUGAAGCUGAAAGUCAAAUAUCGCACAUCAAAUGAGAUUAUAGCUUUGCCGCUAGAUAUUUUAUUAUUGUAAAAAAUAAAAACGAACUGCAGACAUUCUCAUUACCUCUUCCUUUGUUUGACGUCAUCACCCGAUGGUCAAGGCCGAUCAAGGUCAUUGCCGAUGAAGUGUAUUUGUUAUAAAUAGCAUAGUUUAGUCAUGUCAUUGGGGUAUCGAUACAAUGCUCUCCUGUAGUCAACGGUACAUCAAAUUUACUGGAAAUUCGCCUAAAUCACCGCGUCAUCUGUUUCUAUCCGGGUAACUUGAUAUGCGGUUGACUGUACCUACUACCUAUUUAAAACAAUAUUAUUUAGAAAAAUACGAAACAGCACAAGUGAUUUAUUAAUUUAAAUACAAGGGUUCUUUAUUGAUUAUGGAAACCCUUAAAAAAAGGAAUUACUUGUAUGUCAGUAUUUUUGUUGUUAGUUUUAAAUAACCCACCUAUAUGUUAGAGAAAUAAAAAAAUAUUGUUCAUUAUGUUUAGGUGUAAUAUUUGUACUAAUAGCCAGAUUAUGCCUGAGGCCAUUGACCUGUGUGAACAGUGGAUUUAUAUUAAAGGGUACUAGGACCUAGGACCUCAAAUUAAGGCGGUCUACCGCAACCGUUUAUCGGUCAUACGCUGUUAACGUCUCAUCUCUAUUUAGCCUAUAAAUUUUACGAAAGUGGACUUCUACCACCCACUGUACCUACAAUCAAUGUGGUUAAUCCUUUUACUUAGACAGCGUAUCACAUCUUAUAUGUCGGCUAUAUCCAAAUCAAUGACGCUAAAUGUGACAUAUACCUAUACGUGUAAGUAGCAUAGCACGCGCUUUACUAUCGAUGUCCCGCUUCACGUCAUAAUAAAUAGUGAAACGGCGAUAGUUUUUCGCGCCAAAAAAAUGGGGUUGCCCGUGCCAUGCUACCGAGGCUGCAGUCAGUACCAACCAUUAGGUAGGUAUAUUGUAAGGAAUGCGAUAUGGGCCAUAGGUCAAUGUCCUUAAUUGGCAUUAUUAUUGGGCACUUAUUAUUAUCAAUUGUUUUUUUCUUGUUACCUCGUUGUGUACUUAUGUAAGUUUUAAUCUUUUGUGAUAUAUGUAAUUUAUUAUGAUCACAAUGUUAGGAUAUUUUUUAAACCUACAUUGUUUAUUUAUUAAUAAGAUUUUUAAAUAUUUUAGAUGUAUUAGUUUUUUAAAUCAGAAUUAUAUAUUUAUCUUAUAUGUAUUGCGAUAUUGGUAUACAUAUAUAAUGUGGAAAAAUCUCAAGUGAGGUUUUAUGUGACUAGCCUUAUUAAAAUUAGCACCGACAUAUUGUGUAUUUUGUCAAAUAUAAUAAUCAUGUUAUGUUGUUUGUCAGUUGUUAACGACUUCCAUGAAUGAGCUAAAACAGUACUACCGUUUUUUUUUUUAAAUUAACACCUAUUUACCUGCGCAGAAGUCUGAUUUUUGUAUGGCGCAGAAACAUUUGAGCCUCUCGAAGCGCGCCCAAUGAACUAUCCGCUAUUAUGAGUGAGAUAGCAGAAGAAAUUGUGUUUUUGGAUUUAACAUUUAUUGUUCAUGUAAUAAGGUCGUUGUUUCUUUGAGGUUACAUUCGGUUUGAAUCGGCGAUAGGUUUGUCAAAUUCGACUUAUAAAUGUGGUAGUACUGUAGUACGUUGUAUGCACCUUAAGCAUACAGGUUAGUCUUAACUUGAUACUGAUAUAAUAUUGCUCGAAAUAUUACGCUGCUCAUUCUUGUAAUGUAUGCCUGCUCAUAAUCGUGCCAACGGAAUAGCAGAAAAAGAUUGGUCAUGUAUUCGAAUGGGUCCUACAUAUAUACAUAUAAUCACGUCUAUGUCCCUUACGGUUCAGACAGAAAUAAAAUUAUUUGCGAAUAUAUAAUUUUGAUCAAUCGACCACAUUUUUCUUUAUUAAAAGGACAUGUAAAGUGCACUUUGUAUAGUGUGCACAUUGUAUAACUGUUACUGAAGAUAGUAUUUUCUUAUUGUAUAUGUAUCACAUAUUUAUAUUUUCGUACACGUCAAAUUUUAUUUAUUUAUGUGUCAAAUAAAAUGCAUAAAUCGUC